AAGACCCGGUAUUAUCACAAAGUAGGAAUGUUGAUUGGUCAUAUUAAACCAAUAUCACCUGCAUUUACCAAUAAGAUUUCCACCAUUGAGAGCAUUCUUAAAGCGCGCCAUCGAAGUAUGACCUUCCGAAUUCAUGUUGUAGCUUCAACAUGCUUAAAUCUUUAUGCAGCAAUACAUAUGGGAAUAAUUAGGCUUGUUUAAAUUUAUAAGCUUGUUACAUAAUAUGGAAGC